AGGACCGUGAGGAGAUGAAUAGGGUCCCAACAACCACUUGUAAAGUUUAGUAACUUUUUUAACUUGCUAUCGAACACACGUGGAACGCAACUUAACGCAAAAUUGACGUGCACGACCCGGUGUUUCUGGUCUGCACACUGACUUGUGGUGAUGUGUCGACUCAUACUUACAAUACUUUCUAAAAGUCACGUAACUUGGCGCGAACGAAGGCCUGUGGUGUGUGGAUAUCCAUCGCCGCUUUACGUCUCCGCAGUGAAAGUGCCGGCUAAAACAACGAGUGAUGCACAUCUUGACAACGCGUUUUGACUUUUGGAAGGAGGCGCAAAGAAAGUGAAUGCAAGUAUAAAAUGUCGAAUCCGCACAAUUCUAAGUACGUAGGUAGUUCUAACAUCAUUAUUGUGCCAACUGUGUCAUUCUGUGAACCGCCGCCCCCGAAAAAACAGAAACUUGAUGCCAACCAAGAACCCAGGGGCCAAACUAUACCUGUAGUCCCUAUAGCAAAUACUAGCAGUGUGCCAUUUGUCCCUAUGGAAAAUAAUAACAGUGUGCCGAUUUUCGCGGGGGAAAAUGUUCCCAACAAUAAGCCAGUACAAGUAACACAGUGUAUAAAUAUCACUGAAGACACCAGAAGAGAAUGUGAGCAAAGAAUUAUGAAGACGCUGAGCUGGGCUUCAAAUUACUUGCAAAGUAUUGGACAGUCGCAGUCAAAAGUUACGCAGCUCACAAAUUCAACAGUUCAGAAAAAAUAUGCCAAAGUUGAUGAAGAAAUUACCAGCAAAAAUGUUUCCAAGACAACAUUCAAAUAUGAUGAUGUAGUUAAGCCAACAAAAAAAUUACCAAGCUUGUCGAAUGUUGCGAGAACAACUACACCAUUGAAAUAUAAUUCUGUUGCUACUGGAAAUAAUAACCAUGAAAUAAAACAACCUAUUGAAAUGAAAUUUUCCUACCAUAAACGAUCCACGGAUCUAGACAAUGAUAAAGUAAAGGCUCUUCACACAAAAAAUAAGUUAAACUCAUCAAAUACUGCCGAAAAAACUAAAACUCCUCUUCGCUUGAAAUUUCCUACUUCUUAUUCAAAAACACACGAAAAACAUAACCCGUAUGAAGAAAAGUAUGACGGAAAUUCAAGUUUAAAAAAUGUCGAAAGAAAUAAUGCUGUAAAAAAAGUCAACUGCAUUUCCAUUUCUCAAUCAAAAAUACGCGAAAACAUCACCUACAAUAAAGAAAAACAUGACAAAGACAUACCCAAAAAUACAAAGUCAAUGCGCGAAGCAAUUUCUGUACAAAAAAGAUCUGCCGAUCGAAAUGCUGACCGAAAAAAGGACUCCAAAGAAAGUAAACCUUCAACAUCAAAAAACGAAAAUCCAUACAAAUGGUAUGGACCUCACAUUAAAAAUGCCAUGGAGACCUCCAACAGAACUGAAAAUCGGUCUGAAAAACGGGCACAUACUUAUCGUAACAGUAGAUCACCAUCUCGCAGCAGAAGCGAAUUGAGAAAAGAAAAGGAUAAAUAUAGUUCCAGUGAUUAUACUGUAAAACGUGAUAGAAAUUAUGAUAAUAGCAAAGAAAAAACGAAUCCAACCAAAAAACCCAAUAACGAAGAGCAUAUUACAGCCAAUACAAAACCGUUAACAAAAUCUAAUCAAAAAUAUAUUAAUAAAACCUCCGAAAUGUCGAAUACAGCUGUUAAAAGUGUAGUUCAAGUAAAAAAUAACUAUGAUUUUAAUAGUCCUAAAAUUGUAUCUUUUCAUAGUAAUAAUGUUGAAGAUUUAAGAAGCAAGCUCAAAAGAAAACAUGAAAACAAUAAACGCGAAAACCUAAUCAUAACUGUACCAAACAACGAAAAGAAAGAUACUACCCCUAAACCGGUAAUUCCUGAAGAAUCGCCAAAAUUGCAAAAGAAGUCUAGGAAGUAUAAAAAAAUCAAAUUAGUUAUAAAUGUUAUCUGUGAAAACGGGUCCGAAUCCAGUGAAUCUGACAACGAGACUAAUAAUAAGGACAGUCAAGAAGUUAAUGAAGAUAUUAUAUCUUUUCUUGAUGACUUUAACGUCGAUGAUAUUGUAGACUCUUUGAAUGACGAGGAGAAUAAAGUUAAUGUUAAAAACCCUUCAAAAGAGGAAUGUUUGGAAGACACUGAACACGAUACUGUUAAAGAAUCUAUAAUAAACGAACAGGAACUGAAAGCGAAGGACGAUUUAAAUAUGCACAAAAGAUUCUACACCAAAUCACCACAAGUCAAAUUAGAAUUGGAACUAAAUCGAAACUCGCAAGAAAUUGAAGAUUAUGUUAAUGAUAAAAAAUAUCGGUCUUUAGAAUUAACUAAGGAUGAGAAUCAAACUUCGAACAAAAUUCAUGAUUCUGGUACAUUCCAAAAUAAAAAUAAAGUCGGUUUGAUAGAGAUCAAAUCUAGGAUAUCAGAUACCAAUUCAACCAUGUACACCCGCUCAUUUAAAUGUGGCCAGAAUGUGGCAGACAGAAAUGUGACUGUACCAGACAUAAUUGUAAAAGAACAACACGCAUGUUCAACACAAAUAGGUAGCGAUGAAACCAAACAUAACAUUAAUUCUAUUACCAAACCAGUCUCUACUUCAAAUAAGGAAACAAAUCUAACUAAAAACGAAAAAAGUUGGGCCAAGCUGGACUCUAGUCCUACUGAAGCAAUUAUCAGAUCAAUUGAAACUGGCAACAAUACAACUAAACAAGACGCCAGUGAAACUAUAAUAGACAUCAAUUCAACCAAAAUUGUUAACAAUUAUAAACUGGACAAUUGUUCAGCUAAUCAGAACACUAACCAAACCAAAAUAAAUUAUUACCCAACGAAACUAGAUGCCGAUCGAAUUAAAGAAGAUACUGAUUCCACUAAACUGAUACCUAUUCAUACUCAACUGAACUCUAAUCCUGUCAAAUUCGACAACAAUUCAAAUAAACUGGACACCAGUCAAAACAAACAAGACAAUUAUCUGACUAAACAGAGUACAGAUAUAAAUACCUUGGGUUCUAGUCAAAACAACAAUUUAAGUAAUGUACCAGGACGUCAUAAUAUUUUUUCUGCCAUUGAUGCCAUUGUAAGCAGUAACCAAACCAAACUGGGCUCUAGUCAAAGCAAAGUGGAUAAAAAUGUAACUGAAAUAGACACCAGUAUAAAUAUUCUAGAUAGCUUUUCCACAAAAGUGGCCACUAAGCAAUCUAAAGAGGAUAGUAAGUCAACUAAACUUAUUCCCCCAAGUGAACAGGGCACUGGUUCAAAUAAACUUAACUCAGAUCUAACUAAAAUAGACUACCCUAAGUCAAAGCUGGAUAAUAAUCGUACUAAACCAGUCAGUAAUUCAACUGAAGCAGGCAAUGAUCUAAUUACUACUAAUGUAGUACUAGACCCCAUUGCAACUCAAAUAAACAUAAUAAAAAAUACACAAGUUAUCAGUUCUAAAGAGGGCGCUCAACCAAAUGAACAGGACACUAGUAAAACUGAAGUGGAAUACGGUGUAAAUAAAGUAGACACUAAUUCAAAUGAACUGACUACUACGUCAACCAAGCUAGGCUCCAAUCAACUGGACAGCAAUCUUACCGAACUAGACAUCAUUACAAAUAAAUUGGAUACUUGUACAAGUCCAAAUAAUCUGGCUACUGAUUCAACUGAACUGAACAAAGAUAUCGAUAUAAAUAAAUAUGAUAUUACACCAAAUAAACUUAGCACCAGUCAAACUGAACUGAACACCAUUCUAAAUAUACAAAAAAUUGAUCCAACGGAAGUCAGUGCCAUCCCGAUCAAUAAAACUACAUCUGAAGUCGCCAAUAUUACUACUAUUAGCGAUAAAGGCAAAACAUUCGAAAACGAGACAAAAGAAGUUGUUACUAUAGACUUGACAGUAGUAGAAUCCGAGAAUGAGCCUAACAACACAUCUUCAAGUAAUCAUAUCGUACAAACCCCAUUAACACAACCAGAAUCAGAAAAGCAGCAUACGAUUGCGAAGUCUGCAAGCGACGAUGUCAUUGACUUAACAUUGUCGCCGAAGUCAUCAGAAAUAAAAAAUGUAGAAAAGCCUACAAAAGAAACUUCAGUUCCGAUGCAUAAAGAUGAAGAAAAGUCAUCAAAUCAUAAAAAUACUAAAUCAUGUGAAGAUACUUCAGAAAUGAUAAAUAACGCAGAAAACCUUUCAAUCGAUAUAGAAAUGAUUAGCAAGGAGCAUGAAAAUAAAGAAACAAUAGCAGAUGAAAAUUCGAUUAAUAUUAAUGACGUGAUAUCUAUUGAAGAGGGUUCAGAAAUGAGUAAUAAAAACUCUUUAAUUAAUACUGGUAUAGUAUGCAAAGAACAUGAAAAUAACGAAACAAUAGCAAUGGAAAAUUCGAUUGAUGUUGAUUUGUCGACUGAAACCGAAGAGGUUUCCAAUAACAUCAUACCAACAAAAGAACAGCCUAUCGAAUCCAACCAAAAAUUGGCUAAAACAGAAGAAUCGCUGACGACAAAAUAUUCACCUGAACUGCAGCAUCAAGAAGAAUGUAAUAAUUCACAAAAUAAUAUAGAAAUCAGUAAUAUCACAUAUGAAAAGGAAUCUACUGGAAACAACAUUACUAAACAAACAACAGAAGUAUCACAAGAUCUACAAGUACAUGAGGUCAUUUGAAAAAUUAGAAAAAAAUGAUACAAUCUUGACUGCAUUACAUCUUGCGUGUGAACAAGUCAACAAUAUUGCUGAUAAAACUUCGAAUAAUUCAGGGACAAAAGGUACUGACCUAAAUGUGAAUGUGAAUGACGUAGUGAGUUUGAACGACGAAAAUUUAACAAGUUACAACUCCGAGACAAGUGAUGCGGAUAAAACACCAAGUGCUGGAAGUCCUGAAUGUGUAAAACUUAAAAUGAUUACAAAUAAAAAUGAUGCACCUGUUAAGUUAAUGGAAGUUGUGCCGGAGGUUAAGACAACUUUAACAAAACAAGAUAUGGUCCAUAACGAAAAAAACAAAAGCGAAUCCUCUAAACAACCACAAACUGCAGUUACUAAAUUAUAUUUGAGAGGAACAGAACUAUUAAAAGCGCUGGAAUUCCGACUGACAAAAAAUUUAAAAACAAAAAUUACCAUUGAAUCGUUGAUACAUCAUGGCCGAUUUUCUAAAGUAUACCGAUGCAAAGCUGAAAAUGGGCGAAAUUAUGCUUUGAAAGUUCUGAAUAAGGGCAAGAGAAUGACAGGCUGCCCAAUAGGACAAAUGCUGAAAACCAUCCAAGCGGAUAUACCAAAAAAAAAUUAUCAUAUCAUCUUCCUAGUAGAUGGAUUCACAAUGGCGGAGCACUCGUGUUACGUAAUGGACUUUUUCCCUAAAAACAUCAAGGAAGUGAUGAAUGAACGUAAAAAAUGUUUUCACAUCGAUGUCGUUCAAAUGCUUACAAGACAAUUAGUAUCAGCAGUAUUAAUAUUACGGAAUCAUAACAUCUUACAUUUAGAUAUCAAACCAGCUCAUAUUCUCAUAAAUGCCAAUAAUGACCGAGUGAAGCUCGCUGGAUUUGAUCAAGCUCAGUAUUUGGAAGGUCACACUGUUCUGCCAGGAGUAGGCACAGCGAAUUAUCGAGCCCCUGAAGCGAUAUUGGGAUUUCCUUACUUCGGAAAGGUGGACGUGUGGUCUACUGCUCUAGUAAUUUAUGAAAUGUGUACCAACAGCCAGCUAUUCCCGGGCCAGUACAAUAACGAUAUUCUGUAUAAGCAGAUGUGUAUACUUGGUAAUAUCCCAAACGAUAUGUUGGUCCAAUGUGUUUUCACAAACAAACACUACCGCGGCCAAUUUUUUGCCAGGAGAUAUGGUCCUGCUUGGGAGCAAUGUGAAUUGAUAGCCAGAUUCAGGAAGAGUAACAGGAUCUCCUCUUCUUUAUUUGAAGCAUAUUAUAGGGACUGGGGACAAAAACUGACCAGAAGGCAAAGAUCUGAUGAUUCAGCGAAAUUACGUAUUCUUCGUGAUUUACUUCAAGAAAUGUUGCAUCUGAAUCCAACAACCCGUAUGCCGAUAGAAUUCGUGUACACCAAUGCUUUUAUUUAUGAAACUUUCAACCUUGAUGUGUAUUAAAAAUUUAUAUUUAUGUGUAGUAUUUAAGAUUACCCGCUGCAUUGAGUAUUAUAAGUUUCGAUCCCUGUCUCAGCGACUUUUUGAUAAUAAACGUUUUGACAAGGAUGUGUAGUGUACUCACCAACUCUAUGCAGCAAAGUAAAAUGAUUGUGGAAAAUGUCAUCUAUUUUAUCUUUUAUUUGUUAUUAAUUUAGUUGCUUAGUUAAAGUAGACAAUACAGCAUGAAUGAUUGAUUUAACUAAUGAUAAGUAGUACUAGUUAGGCGAUUAUAAUUAUAAAGAAAAACGAGUCAAUUAUUAAAUUACGAUCAAUCGCGCAUGCUGUGUCUAGAUACUUCGUUAAUUUUAAGUUUACAGAGUUCCUAACUUGCGUUUAUGAUUAUUGAAAGAAAUAUUUGUUUAGUUUUAAGAGUUUAUAGCAUUUUUUCUUAAAUUACCAGUUAUGUUGUCUUAAAUUAAGUUGUUUAUGUUAAUUAGUGUAUAGCAUCCGACGAAAUUUACUAAACUUCUGUUCAGACUUAUCUACCAGUAUUAUAUAAGAACCAGUAGCGCAUAAGCAUUGAGGUAGAUGAUGGAAACUACGUAUCGCAGAAACAGCAUCAAGCAAAUUUCGUAACAAUAUGGUUGAAAUGAAGUGCAGAUUUCAUUGACAAGAGAACACCAUUUUCUGCGAGAAAAUAAACCUUAUUUAUUGCACCGUAUGCCAACGGCAUAGGGUCCUUUUUUCUGCUCUGCCUCUCAGCUUACGCGCAGCAUUAUAAAGAUAACAAUUUCGCAGAGCUUAAAAUUGUAUUUUUCGUAACGUACGAAUAAACUUUUUA